AGUCAUUGAUAUCCUUCUUUUUACUUUGCAAGGAAUGCAUGGAAGUUACUCUUGUAGGAAAAUAGGAAAUACAGAAGUAAUAAAUUUGAUUUGGCUGGGCCUUCACAGGCACCCCUACUAGUAAUGAUAAGAACCAACAUAGGAAGUGAUUUUAUACAGUGAGGACCAUGCUUUGUAAAUCUCCUCUGCUCCGAGAGUGGAAAAGAAAAUGCCAAGGGUUCCUUCAAAGAGAACAAUGCUUCUUUACAAAAAAGGAUCUCCCUUAUUGUUCAAUUCAAAAGCUCCCACAACCCCAUUCUAUAACUUGACAAAGACUCAGUUUUUCUGCACCUACUUAUCAAAACUCAACGAGCCACUACAAACUCAUACACGAAAUUUUUGUAAUGAGUCCCCAAGUAUGCACAAUGAACUGAGGAAGGGACCUGGCCUCAUCCACCUCAAAACUGAACCAGAAGAGUUGGCAAAUGAUCAGAACAAAGAUGAAUUCACCACUGAUGUUGAGAAGGUAUAUAGAAUUUUGAAGAAGUUCCACUCUAGGGUUCCAAAAUUAGAACUUGCUUUGCAACAGUCUGGUGUUGUUGUGCGGUCAGGAUUGACAGAACGUGUAUUGAACCGUUGUGGUGAUGCUGGGAACUUGGGGUACAAAUUCUUUGCGUGGGCUUCGAAGCAACCUGGAUAUAGGUAUAGCUAUGAUGUGUACAAAGCUAUGAUCAAGAUUUUAGGAAAAAUGAGGCAGUUUGGAGCUGUUUGGGCUCUUAUUGAGGAGAUGAGAAAAGAAAGUCCUCAAUUAUUAUCCCCUGAGGUGUUUGUGAUUUUAAUGCGGAGAUUUGCCUCAGCUAGAAUGGUGAAGAAAGCUAUUGAAGUUUUGGAUGAGAUGCCCAAAUAUGGUUGUGAACCAGAUGAGUAUGUAUUUGGAUGUUUGUUGGAUGCUUUGUGCAAGAAUGGCAGUGUAAAAGAGGCAUCUACAUUGUUUGAGGAAAUGAAAUUUAGGUUUAAGCCUACAAUUAAGCAAUUCACAUCAUUGUUAUAUGGCUGGUGCAAAGAAGGGAAGCUUAUGCAGGCGAAAGUUGUGUUGGUGAGAAUGAGGGAUGCUGGUUUUGAACCUGAUAUUGUGGUCUAUAAUAAUUUGCUUAAUGGGUAUGCUGUGGCUGGAAAAAUGGCUCAUGCAUUUGAUCUUUUGCAGGAGAUGAGAAGGAAAUCUUGCUAUCCCAAUGCAACUUCCUUCACAAUUGUAAUUCAAGCACUUUGUUCACAAGCAAAGAUGGAGGAAGCUAUGAGGGUAUUCAUGGAUAUGGAGAGAAGUGGCACUGAGGCUGAUGUUGUGACAUACACCACUUUGAUAAGUGGGUUCUGUAAGUUGGGGAAGACUGAUCAAGGCUAUGAGCUUCUAGAUAGGAUGAUACAGAAGGGGUAUAUGCCUAAUCAGACUACUUAUUUGCACGUCAUGCUUGCGCAUGAGAAGAAUGAAGAGUUGGAGGAGUGCAUGGAACUUAUUAAGGAGAUGCAGAAGAUAGCUAUUUUCCCUGAUCUCAGCAUCUACAACACUGUAAUUCGGUUGGCAUGCAAAUUGGGAGAAAUUGACGAAGGUAUGCGAGUCUGGAAUGAAAUAGAAGCAAAUGGGUUAAGUCCAGGGGUUGACACCUUUGUCAUUAUGAUUAAUGGUUUUAUUGAGCAGAGGCGUCUAGUUGAAGCUUGUGAUUUCUUUAAAGAAAUGAUUGGAAGAGGUCUUCUAUCAGUUCCUCAAUAUGGUACUUUGAAAGACUUACUAAAUUCUCUACUAAGAGAAGAAAAGCUUGAAAUGAGCAAAGGUGUGUGGAGUUGCAUUGUGACUAAAGGUUGUGAGCUUAAUGUAUAUGCAUGGACAAUUUGGAUUCAUGCACUUUUCUCUAAAGGGCAUGUGAAGGAAGCAUGCUCAUACUGUUUGGAUAUGAUGGAUGCUGGUGUGAUGCCUCAGCCAGACACAUUUGCCAAGCUCAUGCGCAGUCUAAGAAAGUUGUAUAAUAGACAGAUUGCAGCGGAGAUUACAGAGAAGGUUAGGAAAAUGGCUGAAGAGCGACAAAUAACUUUCAAGAAGUAUAAACGACGCGGAGAAAGGGACUUGAAGGAGAAAGUUAAGGCAAAAACUGAUGGAAGGAAGAGGAGAGCUCGUAGGCGCCGUUGGGGCAGCAAGCUAACAUGUUGUGAUGCAGAAGCUUAAUUCCUUUAUGAUUUGAAAGAAUUUGUUUCAUUAAAUUAAUAUAAGAAUACUAUAUUCUGUUCCCUUCAACAAAUGAUUUUUAUGUUCUGUAAGCUCUGUUGUAUUUUCAUGGGCUUUACUUUUCUCAGUAGCUUUCUGAAGCACAUAAAUAUGCAGUAGAAUUGAAACCAUGCAAACAUGUCUUCUUUACCAACAUAUCAACAAUUGAAUUUGAAUUUUGAAAUUCUCAACU